AUGGCCCUGCCUCAAGACAAGAAGUCACUCGACAUGGUGGACGAGAAGCGGUCUCGGGACGAAGAGAAGGACGGAUACGAUGUGACGGUCUCAGUUACAGACAGUGUGGAGGGCGACGAGGCCCUCAAGCUCGUCGGCCGGGAGCGUACAGCUGAAUUCAGUGAGGAAUACAACAGGAAGCUUCGCAGGAAAUUGGAUCUCCUCAUCCCGCCUCUUUGUGCGGCGGUGUACUUCACGCAGUUCCUUGACAAAACCUCAUUGAACUAUGCGAGUAUCAUGGGCUUCCCAAUUACUGGACAGCACUACAACCUGGUGUCUCUCGCGUUCUACUUGGGUUUCCUUGUGUGGGAGUUCCCCACGGUAUACAUCUCCCAGAAGCUCAGGGUUGCGAAGUACCUCGGCGCGAACAUCAUCAUUUGGGGUAUCAUUCUGAUGUGCCAUGCCGCGGCCACAUCGUUUGGCGCGUUCUUCGCCCUUCGCUUUCUCCUGGGCAUGUGCGAGAGCUGCGUUGCUCCUAUUCUCAUCUUGAUCAUCACCAUGUUCUACAAGAAGGACGAGCAGGGAACGAGAAUCUCAUGGUUCUACGUGAUGAACGGGCUUACGCAGGUAUUCGGCGGCUUUGUCGCCUACGGAAUUUCCUUCUACGACGGUCACGCCAUUGUUCCAUACAAGAUCAUCUACAUCCUACUGGGCGGCCUCGCUGUUCUGGUAGGAGUAUGCGUCGUGAUCUGGCUCCCUGACUCCCCCAUCCACGCGCGGGCCUUCACCACCGAGGAGCGCAUUGCCAUCCUUGAGCGUGUGCGAAAUGACCAAGGCGGCUCUGAGAACAAGCACUGGAAGAAAGAUCAGAUCAUCGAGGCUCUGACGGACGUCCGAACUUGGCUCAUUGUGUUGACGACUUUGACGACGAGUAUACCAAACGGAGCUCUGAGCAACUUCAGCAACAUCAUCAUCAAGAGUUUCGGAUAUACUUCGAAGCAGACCUUGAUUCUGUCGACGCCCGGCGGCGCGGUCGCCUCUCUCACUACCUUGUUGUGUGGAUGGUAUUCGGACAAGAAGAACGAGCGGAUGAUCCCCAUCGUCUUCUGUCUGCUCCCUACAAUUAUAGGUUCAGCUAUGCUUAUCGGUUUGAACGGUUCCGGCAACAAAGGAGCGCUUCUCUUCGCGGUAUACCUCAUCGGGACCUUUGGUAGCGCGCUGUCGUCGGUAUAUGCGUACAACGCCAGUAACACCAGUGGCCAUACGAAGAAGAACACUAUCAACGCCCUGACGCUGACAUCGUUCAGCGUGGGCAACAUCAUCGGCACGGAGAUCUUCCAGCCCAAGGACGCGCCCGCGUACAUCCCGGGCAAGAUCGCCAUCAUGGUCCUGCUCACCGUGCAACUGUUCAUCUCGAUGUUCCUGCGCUGGAUCAACCUGCGCCUCAACGUGAAGAAGGCAGCUAAGCUUCAGGAGGAGAAGGAGAAGCACGGCUGGUCGGACGAGGACGUCCAGAAGGAGCGCGAGCGGCACGCGUUCAUGGACUUGACUGACAAACAGAACCCGUUCUUCGUGUACACUGCUUAA